AGGUCAGUGAAAACAAACUGUGACGUGGCUAAUCCUGCUGGACAAAAAGAACCAGAAAACAGACUCAUUAAAGUGUUUACAGAGAAACUAAAAGGUGUUUAACGUGUAGAAACAAACCUGCAAACCGAAAUAAAGAAGAUAAACCUUUAGUGUUGCGGAUUGACAGGAGAGAAGGCAUGUACUAAGACAUUAAGAUGUCAGACAGCGAAGCUACAGCAGCGGAGGGUCCAGAGGCGGCACCGGAGAUUCAGGAUGCCUCUCCCGCAGAAACGCCCGACAGCUCCACGCCUGAGAACUCGACUGACAACUCGACUGACGUGGCCCCGACCAGGAGAGGCAGGAGGAGACCAGACGUCAAACCAGCGACCGAAGUUGAGGAGAUGCCGAAAGUAGAGGAGCAGCCGGCAAAGGCACCGACACCUAGUGAGUCCACUCAGGUGUCUCAGGGUGGUUGGGGAUACUGGGGCAGCUGGGGCAAAUCCAUCUUAUCCACGGCAACAGCUACUGUGGCCACUGUGGGCCAAGGGCUCAAUCAGGUGAUCGAAAAGGCAGAGACGUCACUGGGAAUCCCCAGUCCGACCGAACUCUCAGCGCAAGUUAAGGAAGAGCAGAAAGAGCCCGGUGAAUCCAGCAGUGAGACGGACAAAGCGGCAGGAGAUGGAUCGGCGGCGAUGGGAAGUGCGAUGGGAAUGCUGUCGUCGCUCACCAGCGUCGUCCAGAGCACAGGGAAAACGGUUAUAUCGGGCGGUCUAGAUGCUCUGGAGUUCAUCGGGAAGAAGACGAUGGAUGUGAUAGCAGAAGGCGAUCCCGGCUUUAAGAAGACCAAAGGACUGAUGAUCAGGAACUCCACUCUGUCUCAGGUGUUGAGGGAUGCGAAGGAUCGAGAGGAGCUGCUGCAGACAGCAGAUAAGGAUGUUUCAGAUUCCGAGAAGAAGGUGGUCGCUCACUACGGGAUGCUGUUUGAUGAAUUUCAGGGUCUGUCACACCUCGAGGCGCUGGAGAUUCUGUCUCGAGAGAGUGAGUCUAAGGUGAAAUCGGUGCUGACCACUCUAUCGGGAGAUGAGCUGGUUCAACUCAGAGAAGAGCUGGAUCUCAUCAAGGACUCUUUCUCCCUGGUGGAGUUUGAUGAUGAGGAAGUGGACGAGAAGAAAGAUGAAGACGGCUCAGAGUUUGAGAGGGAGUUAUCGGAGUCCUUGGAGGGUCUCAGUGUCACCGCCACAGCUGCCAAACUCAGCAAGGCCUGUAAGAGCACCUGCAGCCAGAUCACUGACAUGAUCAGACCAGAGACGGAAGAGGAAGAGAGCGACGAGGAUGCAAAGAAAACACUUUCUGUAGAGGAGGUUCACGCUGCAGCCAUCAGGAGUCUGGCGGAGCUGACGGCCCGAUCCAUCGAGCUUUUCCACAAACUGGCUGAGAUGAUCCUCUUCUCCAACGGCAGCACGGAGGCCAGCGUUCUGUCACAGUUAACCGUUAUCCUGUGUAAAGAACUCUCACUGCUUUCCAAGAAGUUCACCUCCUGCUUAACAACAGCAGGGUCAAACGAGAAGGGAGAUGUCCUCAACCCGCUGAUAACAGGAGUCUUUUUAGAGGCGUCCAACAGUGCGUCUUACAUCCAGGAUGCUUUCCAGCUGCUGAUGCCCAUCCUGGAGAUCUCCCACAUCCAGAGGAAAUCUGAAUCCACGGAGCAGUGACCAGCUGACGUCCCCUCUGCCCACCGACCGCUGCCAUGAUGCUGCGACUCUGUCACAGCAGAGAACUGACACAUCUCUAAACACUUUUUUUUUUUUUUUUAAAUCAUCUACAUCAGCUCUUACUAUGUCUGGUUUUCAGCUCAGGACAAAAUCAGUUA